AUGGAACACUGCCGCCAGCAGAAUACUCCACCAUCUCCUUAUCAAAAUGCAACACCACCUACCCAGUAUCCUUGCGCAGCAUGCAAAUCUCUCCGCCGUAGAUGUUCCGACAAAUGUGUCUUGGCCCCUUAUUUUCCUUCCUCGGAACCAUUGAGGUUCAACAUCGUCCACAAAGUUUAUGGAGCUAGCAACAUCAUCAGAAGGUUGCAGGAACUUCCGGAGCCUCAAAGAUCAGAUGCUGUGAAUAGCAUGGUUUACGAAGCUGGUGCAAGAAUCAGGGAUCCAGUUUACGGUUGCGCUGGUACAGUGACCCUACUUCAGCAGCAAAUUCUGGGGCUUCAAGAAGAGUUGGCGAAAGCGCAGGCCGAGAUCCUUAAUAUGCAAUGCCAGAUUGCCAAUUUAGUCUCGUUAGAUUGGAUGGAAAUGUUUCCGUCGCAAGAGCAAGAAACCUUUAAUUAA